CUCUCCCCAGCGCCCCGCCGCCCCGCCCCGCCCCGCCGCGGCCGUCCACUGCUCCCCGCGGGCCCGAGCCGGCCGAGCGGCUGCCCGCCGGGGCUCUGAACGGCGCGGCGGGGCCAGGGGCUCCGGGGCCAGGAGCCAGGGACCCGCCGAGGAGAGCCGCGGCCCCGGACGGCUGCCGAGGGGCGGCCGCGCGUGGAUGCGGCGGGAGCCGGAAGCCUCGAGCAGCCGGCGCCGUCUCUGCCCCCGGGCGCCUUAUGGCUUGAAGAGCCUGGCCACCCAGUGGCUCCGCUGCCCCAAUGGAUCCACUGAAUCUGUCCUGGUACGAGGAUGACCUGGAGAACCAGAACUGGAGCCGGCCCUUCAACGGGUCUGAGGGGAAGGCAGACAGGCCCCAAUACAACUACUACGCCAUGCUGCUCACCCUGCUCAUCUUCGUCAUUGUCUUUGGCAACGUGCUGGUGUGCAUGGCCGUGUCCCGCGAGAAGGCACUGCAGACCACCACCAACUACCUGAUCGUCAGCCUCGCCGUGGCCGACCUCCUGGUAGCCACACUGGUCAUGCCCUGGGUCGUCUACCUGGAGGUGGUGGGUGAGUGGAAGUUCAGCAGGAUUCACUGUGACAUCUUCGUUACUCUGGACGUCAUGAUGUGCACAGCAAGCAUCCUCAACCUGUGUGCCAUCAGCAUCGACAGGUACACAGCCGUGGCCAUGCCCAUGCUCUACAACACGCGCUACAGCUCUAAGCGCCGAGUCACCGUCAUGAUCGCCAUCGUCUGGGUCCUGUCCUUCACCAUCUCCUGCCCACUGCUCUUUGGACUCAACAACACAGACCAGAACGAGUGCAUCAUCGCCAACCCCGCCUUCGUCGUCUACUCGUCCAUCGUCUCCUUCUACGUGCCCUUCAUCGUCACCCUGCUGGUCUACAUCAAGAUCUACAUCGUCCUCCGCAAGCGCCGCAAGCGGGUCAACACCAAGCGCAGCAGCCGGGCUUUCAGGGCCAACCUGAAGGGCCCGCUCAAGGGAAACUGCACUCACCCUGAAGACAUGAGGCUCUGCACCGUACUCAUGAAGUCCAAUGGGAGUUUCCCAGUGAACAGGCGGAGAGCGAGCUGUCUGACUCUGGUGCAGGAUGCUGCCCGCCGAGCCCAGGAGCUGGAGAUGGAAAUGCUCUCCAGCACCAGCCCGCCCGAGAGGACCCGGUACAGCCCCAUCCCACCCAGCCACCACCAGCUGACCCUCCCCGACCCAUCUCACCACGGCCUCCACACCACUCCCGACAGCCCCGCCAAACCGGAGAAGAACGGGCAUGCCAAAGACCACCCCAAGAUUGCCAAGAUCUUUGAGAUCCAGUCCAUGCCCAAUGGCAAAACCCGGACCUCUCUCAAGACCAUGAGCCGCAGGAAACUCUCCCAGCAGAAGGAGAAGAAAGCCACCCAGAUGCUCGCCAUCGUGCUCGGCGUGUUCAUCAUCUGCUGGCUGCCCUUCUUCAUCACGCACAUCCUGAACAUACACUGUGACUGCAACAUCCCACCCGUCCUGUACAGCGCCUUUACGUGGCUGGGCUACGUCAACAGCGCCGUGAACCCCAUCAUCUACACCACCUUCAACGUCGAGUUCCGCAAGGCCUUCAUGAAGAUCCUACACUGCUGAGCCUGCUGCCCUCCUGCACGGCAGCCUGCUGCCCUCCUCCCUGCCCAGGCUGGCCCCCAGCUCUGGGAGCCUUGGGCAGGAAGGCGCGGGGUGGACCCGGCCUGCUCCUUGCCCCUGGCAGGCUCUGCAGUGUUAGCUUGGCUCCGUGCCCCUCGCUGCCCGUGCACCCUUGCUCCACCAGGGCAGUGCGAGGGAGCCCGGCAUGGUGUGUCAGCCCCCAGGCUGGACCCCCUGGCUCAGGGGCAGCUCUCAGAGUGCCCCUCCCCAAUCCAGGACCCUUUCCUUGGCACCAAAGAUGCAGCCACCUUCCUUGUCCUUCUCUGGGGCUCUGGGGUUGCUGGGUCAGAAUCGGGGCUCAGAGGCUGAGUGCUUUCUACCUGUCAGGCUUGGCCUGGUCAUUACUGUUACUGGCUGUGCUGGAGCAUGCAGUGGGAACAGAGGGACAAUUCACACCCUGCAAGCUCUUGCCAAGGCCCCAGGCAACUUUAGCCUUCGGAGACCCGUGUAAAUACCAGACCACAGAAUGAACCCCAGAGCAGCCCAAGCCAAAAAUUGGAGCUCCCUCCCCUCCCCUGAUUUGAGUCGCUGCUUUUCACAGAGGUGGAUCCUGACCUGUCCCAGCUCCCCAUGUGGCUUCCACACCCUUGGAAGGAUCUGGCAGGGCCCCAAGAGGGCCUCUGGGGAGACGAGCUCUGCCCCCACCCACAGCCUGCUCUGCUGCCUCUGAAGGGCCUCAGUGCACCCCUCCUCAUAAAAAUGGAGAGAUCACUGGGCUGCCUGGGGGCAGGCAGGGAAGCCGGGGCUUGUAACCACAUCUGGGGACCUGCCCUACCCCCCACACUCGCUGGGAACCAGUUCCUUUUCUAUUCCUUUUUGCCUCUUCUCCCUCCCCUUUUUCCUUCCCUUCCACUGCCUCUGCCUUAGAGGAGCCCAGGGCUGAGACGCUGCUGAAUACCUUUUGGCCUGGCCUGGCCCUGCCCUGAGGGAGGAGGGGGAGUUGCAGCCUGGGGGGAGCCCCCGGGCCCCAGACUCUGUAACAUCACUAUACAUCGACCAAACCUAAUAAAACUUUGACAAGAAUCACA